AUGAUGAGUGACCUACUUCCACACACAGAGAUUGCCAUCAACAACCUCGAAUCUGCUACAACAGGGGUGACCCUGUUCUUCUUCAUGGAUUCGAUCUGGAGACUCGAUUUCACCGAUGAAACGCCUAAGGAGUUUGACACUGCUCAUUGCCCAAUAAAAUCAGCAGAGAAUAUUGUAAGCAAACUCAAAAGAGCCCGUGAGUGGGCCGAAGCUUCCAUGGCAAGUGCCCAACGAGAUUAUGAAGACGAAGCGAACGUACGUAGAGUCCAGCCACGCGGAGUGAAGUGGGAUGAAAGCUUGGCUGGAUCUCAAAAAUACAUGAAUGGACUGACCUUCUUGAACACUUGA